CUCGCAGGCGCCUCUGGCGGGCUUCGCAGAAAUCAGCUCUUUCGGUGCUCGACUCGCCCGUGCUGCUGCCGUCGCCGAAGGAGGGGCAAAGCUCAAGAUGGCGGACAAAACGCCAGGCGGAUCUCAGAAGGCCAGUUCAAAGACGAGAUCAUCAGAUGUUCAUUCAUCUGGAUCUUCAGAUGCACAUAUGGAUGCAUCUGGACCCUCAGAUAGUGAUAUGCCAAGUCGGACACGGCCUAAGAGCCCAAGAAAACAUAGGAAUGAAAGUGCUCGUGAAAGCCUUUGUGAUUCUCCCCAUCAGAAUCUCUCAAAACCUCUUCUAGAAAACAAACUUAAAGCAUUCAGUAUUGGAAAAAUGAGUACAGCUAAGCGAACUUUAAGUAAGAAGGAACAAGAAGAAUUAAAGAAAAAGGAGGAUGAAAAGGCAGCUGCUGAGAUUUAUGAGGAAUUUCUUGCUGCUUUUGAAGGAAGUGAUGGUAAUAAAGUUAAAACGUUUGUGCGAGGAGGUGUUGUUAAUGCAGCUAAAGAAGAGCAUGAAACAGAUGAAAAAAGAGGUAAAAUCUAUAAGCCGUCUUCAAGAUUCGCAGAUCAAAAAAAUCCUCCAAAUCAGUCUUCCAAUGAAAGACCACCAUCUCUUCUUGUGAUAGAAACCAAAAAACCUCCACUGAAGAAAGGGGAGAAAGAAAAGAAAAAAAGCAAUUUGGAACUCUUCAAAGAAGAAUUAAAACAAAUUCAAGAAGAGCGUGAUGAGAGACAUAAAACAAAAGGCAGGUUAAGUCGAUUUGAGCCUCCUCAGUCAGAUUCUGAUGGUCAGCGUCGUUCUAUGGAUGCGCCUUCAAGAAGAAAUAGAUCAUCUGGUGUUCUUGAUGAUUAUGCACCUGGCUCACAUGAUGUAGGAGAUCCAAGCACUACUAAUUUAUACCUUGGAAACAUUAAUCCACAGAUGAAUGAAGAAAUGCUGUGCCAAGAAUUUGGAAGAUUUGGACCAUUAGCCAGUGUGAAAAUUAUGUGGCCUAGAACUGAUGAAGAGAGAGCAAGAGAGAGAAAUUGUGGCUUUGUGGCCUUUAUGAAUAGAAGAGAUGCUGAAAGAGCUUUAAAAAAUUUAAAUGGAAAAAUGAUUAUGUCUUUUGAAAUGAAGUUAGGUUGGGGUAAAGCUGUACCUAUUCCUCCACAUCCAAUAUAUAUUCCGCCUUCUAUGAUGGAACAUACACUUCCCCCGCCUCCAUCCGGACUGCCUUUUAAUGCGCAGCCUAGAGAGCGGUUAAAAAACCCCAAUGCUCCCAUGUUACCGCCACCUAAAAACAAGGAGGAUUUUGAGAAGACUCUGUCGCAAGCCAUAGUCAAAGUGGUUAUCCCAACAGAAAGGAAUUUGCUCGCCCUGAUACAUCGAAUGAUAGAGUUUGUUGUACGUGAAGGGCCAAUGUUUGAAGCUAUGAUUAUGAACAGAGAAAUCAACAAUCCUAUGUUCAGGUUCUUAUUUGAAAACCAGACACCAGCCCAUGUUUACUAUAGGUGGAAGCUUUAUUCUAUUCUGCAGGGAGAUUCUCCAACUAAGUGGCGGACAGAAGAUUUUCGUAUGUUCAAAAAUGGAUCUUUUUGGAGGCCACCACCAUUAAAUCCAUACCUGCAUGGGAUGUCAGAAGAGCAAGAAACAGAAGCUUUUGUAGAGGAGCCUAGUAAAAAGGGAGCACUUAAGGAAGAACAGAGGGAUAAAUUAGAAGAAAUCUUACGGGGAUUAACUCCAAGGAAAAAUGACAUUGGAGAUGCAAUGGUUUUCUGUCUUAAUAAUGCUGAAGCUGCUGAAGAAAUAGUGGACUGUAUUACUGAGUCACUGUCCAUCUUGAAGACACCCCUUCCUAAAAAGAUUGCCAGAUUAUAUUUGGUUUCUGAUGUUUUAUACAACUCUUCAGCCAAAGUUGCCAAUGCUUCAUAUUACAGAAAAUUAUGGUUCAGACAACGGGUAAUGACCUGCUUCAGAGCAUGGGAAGAUUGGGCAAUUUAUCCAGAACCAUUUUUGAUCAAACUACAAAAUAUUUUCUUAGGACUUGUAAAUAUUAUUGAAGAAAAAGAAACAGAGGAUGUACCAGAUGACCUUGACGGUGCCCCUAUCGAGGAAGAGCUUGAUGGUGCACCUCUAGAAGAUGUGGAUGGAAUUCCUAUUGAUGCUACUCCCAUUGAUGAUCUUGAUGGAAUCCCUAUAAAAAGUCUUGAUGAUGAUCUUGAUGGAGUGCCUUUGGAUGCAACUGAAGACUCAAAGAAGAAUGAGCCUAUAUUUAAAGUUGCCCCAUCAAAAUGGGAAGCAGUAGAUGAAUCUGAAUUGGAAGCGCAAGCCGUAACAACUUCUAAAUGGGAGUUAUUUGACCAGCAUGAAGAAUCAGAAGAAGAAGAAAAUCAAAAUCAGGAAGAAGAAAGUGAAGAUGAAGAAGAUACUCAAAGUUCCAAAUCUGAAGAACAUCACCUGUAUUCUAAUCCAAUCAAAGAGGAAAUGACUGAGUCCAAGUUCUCUAAGUACUCUGAAAUGAGUGAGGAAAAACGAGCUAAACUUCGUGAAAUUGAGCUCAAAGUUAUGAAGUUUCAGGAUGAAUUGGAAUCUGGAAAAAGACCUAAAAAACCAGGCCAAAGUUUUCAGGAACAAGUAGAACACUACAGAGAUAAACUUCUUCAACGAGAGAAAGAAAAAGAAUUAGAAAGAGAACGAGAAAGAGACAAGAAGGAUAAAGAAAAAUUGGAAUCUCGAUCCAAAGACAAGAAGGAAAAAGAUGAGUGUACUCCAACAAGGAAAGAAAGGAAAAGGCGACACAGUACAUCCCCCAGCCCAUCUCGCAGUAGCAGUGGUAGACGAGUGAAAUCCCCAUCACCAAAAUCGGAGCGAUCAGAGCGUUCAGAAAGAUCUCAUAAAGAGAGCUCACGGUCCAGGUCAUCUCACAAAGAUUCUCCUAGAGAUGUUAGCAAAAAAGCCAAAAGAUCUCCAUCUGCUUCAAGGACACCUAAAAGAUCUCGGAGAUCACGGUCUAGAUCCCCUAAAAAAUCAGGGAAGAAAUCCAGAUCUCAGUCUCGAUCUCCACACAGGUCUCAUAAAAAGUCAAAGAAAAACAAACACUGACAUAAAUUUUUAAGAUUCUGUCAUUUAUUGGAAAUGCAAUUUUGUUUUGUGCCUGAACGGUCUGUUUUUUAAAAAAACAAAACAAAAAUCAAAUGAAAGGCAUUCCUGGGGUUUUUUGUUUGUUUGUUUGUGAAUGCAUGUGUAAACUCAUGAGUAACAGCAUCUGUAGAUCUGUCAUUGUUUUAUAUUGUGUAAAUUACUUUUGUUGUGGCUGUUUCUCAAGAUGAAAUUUUUAUUGUGCUAAUGAAUUUCAUCAGAAAUGUGUAUAAUGGAUCUGCUGGCAGUAGUAGUAUUUUGUUUUAGGUUGUUGUGACUUAGCAAAAAUAAUACAGAUGUCUUCCCCCCUUUUGUAGCUUUGACAAUUUGAAUUAGAUUUCAAAUAAAAUCUGAACAGAAACCU